UACCUUUUUGAUGAAAUAAAAUCAGUAGACUUUUCUCCCAACAUGGUAUCAGAGCAUUUCUAGAAUUUUCUUGACGCUUCGCGUUCUUUUCUUUCUUCCGCUUCCUUCUUGCUUCCAUGGCGACUUCCUCCGCCUCGGCGUUCCAACCUCCGCUGCCGAUCUCGGCGACGCUCGCGCCGAACCAUCCUUACUACAUCAGUUCCGGCGAUUCAUCGACGGCGCAACUCGUCUCUGUUGUCCUCACUGGUCCGAACUACCAUUCCUGGGCCAGAUCCAUGCGAUUUGGUCUCCUGUCGAAGAACAAGAUCUCCUUCGUCGAUCCUUCCGUCCCGACGCCUCCGGUUGGUGAUCCGCUCUUCCAGGCCUGGCAGAUGUGUGAUACGCUCGUUCUUGGGUGGAUUCUCCGGUCACUCUCGCCGGAGAUUGCACAGAGUGUUCUCUGGCUCAACACUGCCGUCGAGGUGUGGCGCGAUCUCCAGGAGCGCUUCAGCAUCGCAGAUCUGGUUCGCAUCGCUGAUCUCCAGGAUGAGAUCUAUGGGCUGAAGCAAGGCGAUCUGUCUGUAAGUGCGUUCUUCACCAAGUUAAGGGUUCUUUGGGAUGAGUUGACGACUUAUCGUCCUGUGCGUUCUUGUGCAUGUGUUCCUCGUUGUUCUUGUGUUGCCUACAUGAGAGUAGAUCAGGUUAUUAGGUUUUUGAGAGGCCUGAAUGAGGAUUUUGAGUCUGCUAGGUGUUCGAUAUUGUUAAUGGAUCCUCUGCCUCCCAUUAACAAGGUCUUCUCCAUGAUAGCCCAGCAUGAGCGUCAGAUUAGGAACCCUAACCCUAAGUCUGUCAAUCCCAUGGCUUGUGCUGUUCAGUCUGGUCCUCAUAAGGGAAAUAACCAGUCUAAAAGGCCUGUUUGUUCGUUUUGUGGAUUAACUGGGCAUACUAUUGACCGUUGUUACAAGAAACAUGGUUAUCCACCAGGUUACAAGCCACGUUCUAGAGUCAAUGCUGUGGUUAGUGAGUCUUUUGACACUAACAAUUCUAGUUCUAGUGAGAACGGAAGUGUUCCUUCCGAUUCUGUUGUCUUGACACAGCAGCAGUAUAGAGCUUUGUUUGCUCAGAGUCAUCCUCAGGCUCUUCCUCCUCCAGUCCCUACUGUGAACUCUAUCACCACUGGAGGUUGUGUCGAGCAGUCUUAUCCAUCACAUUCUGCAUUCCUGGCUUCUUCAUCAGCUGCUUCUUCAAGCCAGGAUGGAGGUAAGUUUACUUUUGCCAACUCUUUGGUUGCCAAUACAUCUAGGUGGAUUUUAGACAGUGGUGCCUCUGAUCAUGUGGUGUCUGACAUUGCUUGUUUAAUAUCACCUGUUGCUGUGUGUGAUGUGUUUGUGUCCUUACCAAAUGGUUCUCGUGUGCCUGUUACACAUAUAGGAUCAGUUAGGUUAAAUGAACAGUUGGUCCUAAAGAAAGUGCUUUUAAUACCUCACUUUGGCUUUAAUUUGAUCUCAGUUAGCAAAUUAAGCAAGGAUUCAUCAUGUUCUUUGACAUUUUUUACCGAUCAUUGCUUGCUACAGGAUCUGGCCUCCCACAAGAUGAUUGGUAUAGCUAGAGAGAGCGGUGGACUUUACUGUUUUUCAGAAAAAGUGCACACCUCAGCUCCUCUGCCUCUACCAAUGUCUUCAUCCGGACCAGAUUCCCCUGUUUUUUCAGUAUUGUUUGAUAAGACUGUUCAUGAUUUUGAUCUUUGGCAUUUUCGCCUUGGUCAUGUAUCUUUGUCUCGUUUACAGACCUUAUCAUCUAGAAUAAGUGGUAUUGAUUCUAAAUGUGCAAAGCAUUGUUCUGUUUGCCCACUGGCCAAACAGAAGCGUCUCCCGUUUAUGGUAAGUGAGUCCCAAGCUGAGCAUAUGUUUGAUUUAGUGCAUACAGAUAUUUGGGGUCCUUACAGCGUUCCUACUUUUGCUGGUCAUCGCUAUUUUUUGACUAUAGUCGAUGAUUUUUCACGUAACACAUGGGUUUAUCUUAUGCAUAAGAAGUCUGAAGCUCGACCUUUAAUUCAGAAUUUUGUAGCUCAUGUUCAGAAUCAGUAUAAUGUUAGAAUAAAGACCCUUAGGUCAGAUAAUGGUCAGGAGUUUCAAAUGCGUGCAUUUUUUGAUUCUUUGGGGAUUAUUCAUCAAACUACUUGUGUCGAGUCUUCACAGCAAAAUGGUCGGGUGGAGCGCAAGCAGCAGCACAUCAUUGAUGUUGCUCGAGCUCUCCUGUUUCAGUCGUCUCUUCAUUCUAAGUUCUGGGGUCAUGCUGUUUUACAUGCAACUUUUUUAAUUAAUCGAGUUCCUAGUCCAAUCCUAGGUAAUAGGUCUCCCUAUGAACUGCUUCAUAAUUCUGUUCCAGAUUAUAGUAGUUUUCGUGUGUUUGGUUGCUUAGCCUAUGCAUCUACAUUGUCUCAUAAUCGUCCCAAGUUCCAACCUAGGGCAGAUCCUUGUGUUUUUCUAGGAUUUCCUUUUGCUACUAAAGGAUAUAAGCUCUACAACUUGGCGACCAAUGCUGUCUUUGAGUCUAGAGAUGUAGUGUUUCAUGAGCAUAUUUUCCCUUUUUUCUCUAAGUGUCAAAAUCUGGAUUCAGUUGAGUUUGCAUUUCCUGUCAUACAGGUUCAUCCAUCUGCUGCAGUUACACCUCAUGGUGCGAACACAGUGGAUGGUUUAGUCCCUUUUUUCAACCCCGACCAACAUAUAGAAGGCACACCUUCUUCUUCUAUUUCUAAUAGCAAUGAUGGAGCUUUACCUCCUGAGUAUCCUCCCAUUUUUUAUAAUGAACCCACUGGUCGCCCAAUGAGGAAUAGGCAACGACCUGCUCGUUUGCAAGAUUAUGUCUGCAACUCUGCGCAAAGGAUGAACGCUGGAAUGCUGCUGUUAACACAGAAUUGGAUGCUCUCAUUCGAACAAAAACAUGGACCAUUGUCCUGCGUCCACCAGGUGUCAAACCCAUUGGUUGCAAAUGGGUUUUCAAGGUAAAAUUCCACCCUGAUGGAACUAUCGAGCGUUUUAAAGCUCGCUUAGUUGCUAAAGGGUAUACUCAGACUGAAGGAAUAGACUAUUUAGAUACUUUUUCACCGGUUGCAAAAUUAACUACUGUUAGGGCCUUGUUGGCUUUAGCCUCAAUCAAAGGAUGGCAUUUACAUCAACUAGAUGUAAAUAAUGCUUUUUUGCAUGGUGAAUUAGAUGAGGAUGUUUAUAUGAAAGUACCUCUAGGCCUAAAACUUCCUCCUAAUUCUGGUGAUGUAGUUUGCAAGUUGAAUAAAUCACUUUAUGGUUUAAAACAAGCUAGUAGACAAUGGAAUCAUAAGCUAACAGAGUUUCUUUUAAAUGAUGGUUACCAACAGUCAAAGGCUGAUUAUUCACUAUUUACUAAACAAAAAGAUGGUCAGUUCCUUGCUUUACUUGUUUACGUGGAUGAUAUAAUCUUGGCUGGUGACUACUUGUCUGAAAUUGAGAAUCUUAAGAAAGGAUUAGAUGAUGCAUUUAAAAUAAAGGAUCUAGGACAUGUUAAAUAUUUUCUUGGUUUGGAAAUUGCACGUAAAACCACUGGCAUUUCUGUUUGCCAACGAAAAUAUGUUUUAGAUCUCUUAUCUGAUUCUGGUUUGUUAGCUGCCAGACCUGUUAGUACACCUUGUAGUCCAGGUAUAAGGUUGUCUAGCAAGUCUGGUGUUUUGCUUGAUGAUCCAUCUGUCUAUCGUCGAUUGGUAGGGCGUUUAUUGUAUUUGUGUAAUACACGUCCUGAUAUAGCCUUCGCUGUCCAUCAGUUAACACAGUUCAUAAGUGCUCCCACUGAUAUUCAUUUGCAAGCUGCCCAUCGAGUUUUGCAUUAUUUGAAAGGCAAUCCUGGCCUUGGUUUAUUUUUUCCUAGUAAUUCAGAACUAACCCUUAAAGCUUUUUUCAGACAGUGACUGGGCUGGUUGCCCGGAUUCCAGACGUUCAACAACAGGUUUUUGCGUCUUCCUAGGUAAUUCAUUGAUUGCUUGGCGUUCUAAGAAACAGCAUACCAUAUCUCGGUCCUCCACAGAGGCUGAAUAUAGGGCAAUGGCUGAUCUUACUUGUGAAAUUCAGUGGAUGCAUUAUCUGUUUGCUGCUUUAGGUGUUAAUUUUUCUGUUCCAAGUAUUUUAUACUCUGACAGUCAGUCUGCGAUUCGCAUUGCUGAAAAUCCGGUUGCACAUGAACGUACUAAGCACAUUGAGUUAGAUUGCCAUUUAACGCGUGAUAAAAUAGCUUCUGGUUUGAUUAAGGUGCUACACAUUUCCACUACUAACCAAGUUGCUGAUUUGUUUACCAAGUCUUUGCCUACUGCAUUUUUUUCAGUUUUGCAGGCCAAGCUGGGCACUCUUGAUAUCCAUGCUCCAGCUUGAGGGGGGGUGUUGAACUAUAUUGUAAACUAUGUUUAGUUUGAGGACUACAUUGUAAUAUUUGUUUAUGUUUAUGUAUUGCUUUGUUAUUUGUUAGAUAGAACUUAUAUAUAAUGUAAAAUCAGAACAGUGUAACUUUACCUUUUUGAUGAAAUAAAAUCAGUAGAAUUUUCUCCCAACAAAGGGAAUUGAAAAAGAGCAGCGGUGCUGUUUAUUUCGGAAAAGAAGACGGUGCCCUUGGCGACGGAAGUGGAUGAUGGGCCGGCGGCGAACUGGCUUCUGUUUUUCCGUUAAGAAAUUUGGGCUGGGCUU